GCACCUGCUGAGCAAGACAAUAGCACGAGACAAAGACGCUGCAAGACAAACCGUUGUCAUCUGUAACUAUGAAGGCUGUACUCGCAACCAUUGCUGUCCUUGUCCUAGCUCUUGGCUGGACCUCUGAAGCCGUGCAGGUUGAAGUAAGUUGCUUCAUUUAAUGGAAAAAAAAUAGUUAGUUCAAAGAUGCCUUUAGUAUGUGCAGUUAAAUUGUAGAAUUAAGAACCCCGAAAUCUUACUCCACUGCAUUUCAGACCAUGCCAAAAAAAGCUGGAAAUCUUAAACUUGUAUUUUUUUACCACUCCUAACUAAUGCCAGACUUGCAAACAGGAUCUUAGGUUUGAUGCAUCUUUUUACCACCACUAUCUACUUUUUUUUCAGGAGAAUGGAUUAUCUUUCUCCCUUGAAGCCGUCAAGAGGCUUCAGGAGCUGUCAGAAGACAGUGUUGCAGCUGAGCAGCAAAAUCCCCGGCUCAGAGCGAGCACCAUGUCCCUGUGUGCUGACCCCAUGCUCCCUCAGGAGUUCCUGCCCCUCUGCAGGCAGAGAGGAGCGUCUGCAUCUCUCACUAGACUAGGUGAGAACAUUACUUAUUCAACAGCUCCAUUUAUGUGAUGGAUUUACUGUGAACCUGUCAGAUCAUGAAUAUUAAUCAUCAUAUGAUUCAAGAGUGAAGCUGACAUCUGUCCUUUUGGUUUGCUUUUUACCUCAGCUGCAGUUCCCAUGGAUGUUUGUGAAAUAUGUGCCUUCGCCGCCUGCACUGGCUGCUAAACAAACCUAGUAAGCCAGAAACAUCUUGCCCAGCUUGUGACGUGAUUUUUUUUCCUCCUUCCCUAACAACUGUUUCAAGGAACUCCCAAAGCAUUUUCCAGCAGUGAUGAGUGUAAGACUCUCUGAACACAGACAGUCCGACUCAGGCCUGCUGAAUGAAAAUAUAAGCCCCCCAUAUAUUUAAAAAUCAGACAAACUGAGGUAUAUUUUUACAAACUGUUACUUUAUAGAGUACUAACCACUUAAACAGUCCUUUAUCAUGCAUUUUAUUUUUGGAUUAGACAUCAUUUGUUACAGUUCUGUCUUACCAAACUUUGUAC